CACGUCAUUCUCAGUGUUCUCACUCAAUUGCAUGCUCCCUUUCUCUUUCAAAUUCCGUUUCCUUCAAUCCCAUUCCCAAUCACACCCAUCCUCACUCGCGAUUUCACGGAACAACCUCUUUUCACCUCCAAGAUUCAAUCUUUUUAAUGAUUUUGUGUUCAUAAUUUGGAGAGAGAUUGACAAAAAUGGGCGGCUGUUUUAGCAAGAAAGAGCACCACAGCCGAGAUUUGAAAAGCUACACACCAGAAAAAGCUGCCAAUUACCAAAAACCACCAACCGAUUUCCCCGCCCAAUUCGAAAACCGUGCCAUCCCCGAGAGGCGGCGCCACCACCCACCGCCGCCGCAAGCUCAGCAACCGCAACCGCAACCGCCGCCGCCAAUUCCAGCUCCCCACACUCCGAAUCAGAGAUUGGAGCCGAAUAACAUACUUGGGAAGCCGUUCGAGGACGUGAAGUCGAAGUACUCGAUCGGGAAGGAAUUGGGGAGGGGCCAAUUCGGGGUGACCUACGCGUGCACGGACGCGGCGACGGGGCGGCAGUACGCGUGCAAGUCGAUCCUGAAGAGGAAGCUGGUGAGCAGGAGCGACAGGGAGGAUAUGAAGAGGGAGGUCCACAUCAUGCAGCAUUUGAGCGGCCAGCCCAACAUUGUGGAGUUCAGGGGCGCCUACGAGGAUCGCCACUCGGUGCAUCUCGUCAUGGAGCUCUGCGGCGGCGGGGAGCUCUUCGACAGGAUCAUUGCCAAGGGGCAUUACUCGGAGAAGGAUGCCUCUGAUCUCUGCCGCCAGAUUGUGAAUGUGGUGGACCACUGCCAUUUUAUGGGGGUGAUGCAUAGGGAUCUCAAGCCCGAGAAUUUCUUGCUUUCGAGUAAGGAGGAGAAGGCUAUGCUCAAAGCUACUGAUUUUGGCCUCUCUGUCUUCAUUGAAGAAGGAAAGGUGUAUCGGGAUAUAGUUGGUAGUGCAUACUACGUCGCUCCUGAAGUGUUGAAGCGAAGUUAUGGAAAGGAAAUGGAUGUAUGGAGUGCAGGUGUUAUUUUGUACAUCCUCCUCAGUGGCGUGCCUCCUUUUUGGGCUGGUAAGACCAACCUCUUUUGUUGCAAGGUGACAAUGUUUCUGAUACCAAAUUUCCUAAGUGAUUUAUCGAAAUUUUGUGUAGAAACUGAAAAGGGCAUAUUUGACGCAAUACUGAAAGAAGAAGUUGAUUUUGUCAGCCAGCCAUGGCCUUCCAUAUCAAACAGCGGGAAAGACCUUGUUCGUAAAAUGCUAACAAAGGAUCCGAAAAAGAGAAUCACUUCAUCAGAAGUUCUAGAGCACCCGUGGAUUAAGGGACAAGCAUCAGACAAGCGGAUCGAUAGUGCAGUUCUCUCCAGAAUGAAGCAGUUCAGGGCAAUGAAUAAGCUCAAGAAACUUGCAUUAAAGGUCAUAGCACAAAGUUUAUCCACAGAAGAAAUCAAAGGUCUUAAAGCUACUUUCAAGAAUAUAGACACUGACAAUAGCGGCUCAAUCACUUACGAAGAAUUGAAAUCUGGAUUGGCGCGGCUUGGAUCAAAAUUGUCAGAGUUCGAAGUAAAACAACUCAUGGAAGCUGCUGAUGUAGAUGGAAACGGGACCAUCGACUAUGAAGAAUUUAUAACUGCUACAAUGCACAGACAUAAGCUGGAGAGGGAUGAGCAUCUUUUCAGCGCAUUUCAGUACUUUGAUAGGGAUGGCAGCGGUUAUAUCACAAGAGAUGAACUGGAAACUGCUAUGAAGGAGUAUGGUAUGGGGGAUGAGGGAAGCAUCAAGGAAAUAAUUUCAGAGGUGGAUACAGAUAAUGAUGGGAGGAUCAACUAUGAGGAGUUCUGUGUAAUGAUGAGAAGCGGAACACAACAACCGGGAAAGCUCUUUUAGAGGAUCAAGUCACAACUCAGUGCUUUUUCGCCAGAUGUUCGCGGUUGAGCUCUGCCGCGAGGUAUUAUUAUUCACUUGGGAAUAUUUGUGAAGCCUUGUUUUCUUCAUCUCUAGCCUGUUGCAUAAGUUUUUUUAUGUUGUAAUUUUGUAACAAGGGACAUGAGCAAAGUUAGGAAUUUGCUUAUGGUUUUACUAUGUAAUUACACUGAAAAAAGGAAAAAAUAAAGUAAAACAUCAUUGUGAUGGCUUUAUCA